AUGGAUGCAGGAGAAACAAACAACGUCAACGAGGUGCCACACUCGCCGCCUUCCCAGCCAAACGGCGCCAUAACCACAGAGUCUGGCAAUGCGUCCAGCCACCAAGCUGAUGAUAAUGAAUUGGAUUCAGAUGCCAACUCUGACGAGUCCGGAGAUGAAGACUAUGUCCUGAGACAAAAUCCAGAUCGUCAACCGCGAAUCAGCGAGAGGAAACGUCUCGACGGCCAGGUCUUCGAGUCAUAUGCUCUCCAACGCGAGCGAGAGUCACCGACACAGUGCCAAGCAGAUCUCGACAGGUCUGACAAAGAGCAGAACACUCAAACGUACGAGGGAUACGAUGGUCAAAAGAGGAUUGUCAGCGACCCUCGUGACUAUCAGAAAGAUCUCUACGAACGGGCCAAGCUCAAAAACACAAUCGUGGUGCUGCCUACAGGCACCGGUAAAACCUUGAUUGCGGUGAUGCUGAUUGACCACAUUAUCCAACAAGAGCUCGAGAAUCGCGCGGCUGGCCAGCACCACAAGAUCACAUUCUUCAUCGUGGAGAAGGUCAUCCUUUGCCAACAGCAGUACAGAUGCCUAAAGGACAAUCUUCCAUUUGACAUUGGCAUAUUACAAGGCAAUGACAACAGCAUAGUCAACACCAAGGAGAUAUGGGAGGAGAAGUUUACCAAGCACAUGGCUUUUGUCACGACCGCGCAAGUGCUGCUCGACUGCCUCAACAACGGCUUCAUCAAAAUGUCACGUAUCAAUCUCAUGGUAUUCGACGAAGCCCAUCACACCAAAAAAAGCCACCCCUUCGCCAUGAUCAUCAAGCGCCACUACCGCAGAGAGUUAGACCCUACCCAGCGCCCCAAGAUUAUGGGCUUGACAGCAUCACCUGUUGAUGCAAAGACAAACGACCUCAAGCAGGCCACUGCUGACCUCGAGGACAUGAUGGACAGCGAGAUUGCCACUGUUUCAGACAAACUUCCGUUGAAAGAAGACGUACACACGGCUCUGUGGCUGCAGGUACGCGACCUCGCCGAUGCGGGAGGAAACCAUCUCUUUCGUGACAACCUUGUCGAAGCCGAGGAAAUAUCGUCCACUCUGGGCGCCUGGCCCGCCGACCGCUUCUGGAGCCUGUUGAUGACAGAGCUUGAAGUGGCCAGAGUCGUUGCCCGGACCCAGGGCGAGUUUGAGACUGCCUCGAUUCAAGUGGCAGAUCGUGCUACCGAGACAGUUUACCAAGUCCAGCAACUUGUAAGCCAGCAUGACCUGGGCAGCAUCGAAAGGUCCCAGCCACAUCUGUCUCCGAAGGUCGGGGCCCUUCUUGCUACUUUGAAGCACGAGUUCUGCUCUCAGUGCACUCGAAGAUGUAUCGUUUUUGUGCAAAAGCGGUCGACAGCGGUCAUGUUAGCAGAUCUACUUGAACAGCCGGGGGUCAAGGUGCUGGGUAUACGCCCAGGUUUCCUCGUCGGUCGACAAAGAACAUUCUUCAACAUCGCCAACGUCACCGAAUACCAACAGCAGUGCGUCCUGCAGGCUUUCAAGGACGGCGAAACAAAUUGUUUAUUUGCAACCACAGUCGCUGAAGAAGGGAUUGAUAUCCCAGCCUGUGACCUGGUCAUCCGUUUCGAUAUGCACCAAUCUGCCAUUCAGUACAUACAAUCCCGCGGCCGAGCGCGCCAGAAGAGUUCGCGGUUUAUCGCCAUGGUCCAAGAGAACCAUACCUCCGACUUGCACUUACUGAAACAAGCUGUGCAGGACGCACGCUUGCUGCAGCAUUUCUGCAUGUCCUUGCCAGAAGACCGCAAAGUACAAGACAUGAUUAUUGAUGCCAAGACAGCGGCCGAAGCUGAGCUUGCAGCACAAAAGGCAUAUGAAAUAGGAGACGCUCGUUUGAGUUACGAUAACAGCCAGGAAGUCUUGGCCAGGUACGUUGCCUGUGUCGAUCCUCGCGGCACAGCCAAGCCGGAGUUUAACAUGUCUGUGGAUGGCCAGCGAUUCUGCGCCGAGGUGAUACUUCCAGAUCCAUCGCCCGUCAAGUUUGUCUCUGGUCAUCCGCAGCAAAGCAAAAAGUUGGCACGCGGCUCGGCGGCCUACGAGGCAUGUGUGCUGCUGCACAGCAAGGAUCAUUUGGACACCAACCUGCAGCCCACUUUGGUCAGGAAGCUCCCUGCGAUGAGGAACGCCCGGCUCGCGGUCAGUGAGAACAAGAAAAAAGAGUACGGAGUCCGACUGAAACCUGCUAUCUGGGCAAAGGUUGGCCCUAUUACUAAUCUGUGGCCCGCAACUUUCCUCCUCGCCAAACCAGAGGCUUACAGCGAGACGGUGACUCCUAUGGUCAUACUGUCUCGUGAAAAGUUACCUCCAACGCCGAAGAUUGCUCUUCAUUUCGGCCAUGGUCGGUCAUCGUUGGUCAAUGUGGUCCCUGCUUCGGUCCCCCUGCGCCUCCCCGCUGAAAAGAUUGAUAUGUUGUACCAAUUCACGUUAAGGCUUUUCAACGACAUCUUCAGCAAGACAUAUGCUGCUGGCAAGGACAAUUUCCCUUUUCUGUUCGCACCAGCACUUCUACCUCAAGAGGGAGUGACAGCAGACAAUUGUUGUGACAUCGACUGGCCAGCCGUCGACACGGUCACGAGCCAGCCUUGUCUUGCAUGGGAGAACCAAGCCCCUGACUUUUUCGAGAACAAGUUCGUCUUCGAUCCGCUCACCGGAUCUCGCAAGUUUAUCAUACAUGGACUUAAUAGCAGCCUUCAGCCAGAUUCUCUCGUUCCUGAGGACGCAGCCCCUUACAACUUAACAGCCUACAAGGCUGUUACACCAGACAUCCAGCAGUAUAGCAACAGCUUCUUCAGAAAGAGGCGCCAGAACGCCACCUGGCGGCAAGAUCAGCCAGUCGUCAAUGCGGAGGUUCUGAGCAUGCAAAGAAAUUAUCUGGAUCCUUUUUCUGGCAAUGAUGCGGCCAAUUCCAAAUGCUACCUCAUCCUUGAGCCGCUGCAAGUCUCGACCCUCCCCGUUGGCAUUGUACGCAUGGCUGCCUUGCUUCCCGCCAUCUUUCACAGGAUCAACUCCUGUCUCAUCGCGCUGGACGGCUGCGCGAUGCUCGGUCUUGACCUUCCCCCUGAUCUUGCCUUGGAAGCCUUCACGAAGACGAGCGACGAGGUGGAGGGCACGCUCAGCGCAGACGGGGGCAGCAACUACGAACGUUUGGAGUUCCUUGGAGACACAUUUCUGAAAAUGGCCACGACGAUCUCCAUCUUCACUCUUCUGCCCGAGGGUAACGAGUUUGAGUACCAUGUAGAAAGGAUGGUCCUCAUUGCCAACCAAAACCUUUUCAACCGAGCAGUUAACCGUGGACUUCCGGAAUAUGUCCGCGCAAAAGGGUAUAAUCGUCGAGCUUGGUAUCCCGAUCUGCCUCUGGCCAAAGGCAAGGUCCUGGCCCACGAAUCCGAGCAACGACAACAGCUAUCGCAGAAAACGAUUGCCGACGUCUGUGAAGCUAUCAUUGGCGCCGCGUACCUCGCAGGAUCUCGCACAAACAUGGAUCUGGCCGUCAAGGCGGUCAGAAAGAUGGUGAAGAGCGCGAAUCACCCAAUGAAGUCCUUCAAGAAGUACUACGCUCACUACCAGACACCAUCCUGGCUUCAGAAUGAGCGUGUGACGGAGGCGCAGAAACUUGCUGUGCAGACCGUCAAGAGCCACAUCGGCUACGAGUUCACCUCGCCAGCGCUGUUGCAGAGUGCCUUCACACACACCUCGUACACAUACGAGAAAGCCAUUCCCGACUAUCAACGUCUCGAGUUUCUCGGCGAUGCAUUGCUGGACAUGGUUAUUGUGGACUACCUCUAUCGCACCUUUCCCGAAGCCGACCCCCAGUGGCUGACAGAGCACAAGGGUGCCAUGGUGUCGAAUCAGUUCUUGUCUUGUCUCUGCGUCCAGCUCCAGCUUCACAAGCACCUCCGUAUUACUACCUCGUCCCUGAUCAGCCAACGAGCCGAGUACGCGGCAAGUCUCGAGAGAGCGAGAAACGUGGCGGAACAAGAGGCCAGCAACGGGACCAAGCUUCGAAUGGACUACUGGAGGAACACCCUCACACCGAACAAAGCAUUGGCCGACGUACUCGAGGCCGUUGUUGGUGCCAUGUUUGUGGACUCAAAGUACAAUCUUGAUGUCGUGCGGCGCUUCUUUGACAUGCACAUCCAGCCGUUCUUUGAGGACAUGUCCAUCUACGACACGUUUGCCUCGAGUCAUCCCGUGAGUCUACUCGCAAAGAAGAUGCAGAUGGAGUUUGAGUGCAGAGAUUGGCGUCUUCUUGUCAAACUGGUCCCCUGUCCCCUCAGCCAAGGCAUCCAGGCGAUUACACAAGACGAUGUGCUGUGCGGUUUAAUGGUGCACGGGCAAGUUGUCGAAGACGCCAAGGCCAAGGCCAGCAAGGACGCCAAAGCGGCCUGCGCUGAGAAGGCGCUCGGUACCUUUCUCACGAUGAAGCUGGCGGACUUUAGGGAGAGGAUGGGAUGCGACUGUGGUCAGGACAAUGGCAGCGAGGAUCUUGAGAAUGCACACGGAACGGCAAUCUAG